AUGUCUAUCAAGAGACUGUACGAUGAGAAAGCUGGGACGUCGAUAUCUCUGGAGUUCUUCCCGCCCAAGACCGAGUCCGGGAGGACCAAUUUGCUCGAGCGUAUUGGGCGGAUGAGUGCGCUGGAGCCGACGUUUAUCACUGUGACGUGGGGGGCUGGCGGUACCACUGCGGAUAAGACGCUUGAGCUGGCUGCUGUGAUUGCGAAGGCGCAUCCGCACAUCGCCGUGUGCAUGCACCUCACUUGCACGAAUAUGGAACCGCACAUUAUCGAUGCGGCGUUGGAACGGUGCAAAGAGAAUGGGAUUCGAAACAUCUUGGCCCUGCGCGGGGACCCGCCGCUUGAGCUGAACCAUGGCGACGCCUACGGCUAUUUCAGACACGCUAUAGACCUUGUACGGUACAUCAAGCAGCGGCACGGCGACUACUUCUGCAUUGGCGUUGCUGGGUACCCUGAGGGUCACUACAAUGUGAUGGACGAGGAUGAACAGGACCCGGUACGCGACCUGGAGUACUUGAAGAUGAAGAUCGAUGCCGGUGCGCAGUUUGUCAUCACGCAGCUGUUCUACGACGUCGAGAAGUUUUUGGACUUUGAGAAGAUGUUUAGAGAUCAAGUGUCGCAGGAGGUUGCUGUGUUCCCAGGUCUGAUGCCCAUCAACUCGUUCAUGCUAUUUAAUAGAGCCGCGAAGUUGUCCCACGCGGAGAUCCCAAAACACAUUCUAGAUAGAUUUCCGGAGGAAAUUCAACUCGAUGACGAUCUGGUAAAGCAAGUCGGUGUACAAGUAUUGAUAGAAAUUAUAGACCAAAUUUACGAAAGAACGGAGGGGAGGAUUCGGUGUUUCCAUUUGUACACGUUGAAUCUGGAGAAGGCGAUCGCCCAGAUCGUAUCGCAAUCUCCGAUUUUAGGACACCUGAUAGAGGACAAGAGUGAAGGCGAUAUAAAUUUGGAACAAGAGGGUGCCAAUGAUGGACUGGUACCAAAACCCGGUAAUGAUAACGCACCCAUAGAUACAGACAGAGAUGUGAUACUCGUAGACGACAUCAACGAUAACAUGGACCUGGACAGUGAUGUGCGCAAAAGGAGGAGACGAUCCAGUGUACGAUCUGCGGACGUCCUGAUGAAUAGAACCACUGUUGACAAGUACCAAACAGGGUCGUCGUUGGACACCAACGACAACAACAUGCCCUCCAAAAAAUUCUUAAUCUCGAUAUCGAAGGGGUCCGGUACUUUGGGUCGUGAUGCCACGUGGGAUGAGUUCCCUAACGGCCGGUUUGGUGACUCCCGUUCUCCAGCGUACGGUGAAAUCGACGGGUAUGGUCCCACGUUGAAAGUAAGCAACAAAAAGGCGUAUGAACUAUGGGGCCAACCGCUGAGCAUCAAAGAUUUGAAGGACAUUUUCAUCAAGUAUCUGGAGGGUUCUAUAGACGCCCUGCCCUGGUAUGACCAAGGAUUAUCACCGGAGACCGCUUUGAUUCAGGAGGAGCUGAUCAUGCUUAAUCUGCGAGGGUACCUAACUUUAGCGUCGCAACCUGCGACAAACGCAUCGAGGAGUUCUGACAAGAUAUUCGGUUGGGGCCCACGUCAAGGUGUCGUGUACCAGAAGGCGUUUGUGGAGAUGUUUGUUUAUAAACCGCAGUGGGAAAACGUGUUGAAGCCGAAAUUGGACCACUACGGCCGCCGUGUGGUCAGUUACUACGUUGGCGACGCUGCGAAGCAUUUCGACACAAACCUGGACUUGGGGAGCUCCAAUGUCGUCACGUGGGGUGUGUUCCCGAACAGCCAGAUCAUACAAACAACUCGCAUCGAGGAGGAGUCCUUUAAGGCGUGGAGGGACGAGGCAUUCAGCAUAUGGUCAGAAUGGGCCAAACUUUUCCCUCGUAACACGCCGACGAACAGUUUUUUGAAACAGAUACAUUCUGACUACUGCUUAGUGUCCAUAGUACAUCACGAAUUUAUCGAACCGGACGAAUUAUGGGAAAUACUGUUGGAUUGA